AUGGCCAAGUCGUUACGAUCGCAUUCCAAGCUGGCGGCGAGAAAUGCCAAGAGGUACACAGAGGGAACUGAUUAUGCUGUGACGGCGGCUGCACGCCUACAGCAAGUGUCAGACCGCUUGAAGCAGCGACUGCAAGCUCCUAAGCUGUCUGAGACGAACAAGGACGAGGAGGAGAAGAUGGAUGACGCGCAUGACAACGACAAGGAGGCAGACAUGCAAGUCGAGGCACCGGCCAAGAUCAGCACGUCGCAUCCGCACGACUCGAGCAAGGACCGCUGGCGCCGCAAGAUGCGCAAAAAGGGAGCGCGGCACGGCAGCGGCAAAAAGCGCCGACAGGCUGCGUGGUAA